AUAAAGUAUAUAAGUAAAGUAUUCGAGUUCGAGUCGAGGUGGUUUUGAAUUAGAUUUUUAGAAGAUAAAAAUCCAAAUAAAACUGAACAAUAAAUAAAUAAAUUGUUAUUUAACUAAAAAGUGUAUAUAUUUUCAACAAAAAUAAAUCCGCAAACACAAAUUUAAUAUGAGUUUUGAAUAAUUGAUGAAUGAAUUUCUCAGUGGCUUCGAGAAUUUGUUGUUUCUUUGCAACGAACUAUUGUAUAUAGGUCGUCCUCAAAAUAGUAUACAACAAUACUGCAUAAGUGGUGUUCAAUGUUUGAUUUUUAUUAUUCAAAUUGUCGUGGGAAUUUAGUUUACCAUCAAAAUGUUGAUUUAUGGAAACCAAAAAAUCCAAUUGUCUUUUGUAAUGAAAUAUUUUUGAACUUCCUACAAGUUGUAAUAUACAUACAUGGUCUUUAAUUGCCUUAUAUAUCUUCGUCCGGAGGAGGAGAAAUGAGUUUUAUAUAUUAAUAAAAUAAAAAAAGAGAAACAAAUGCAUUUCAUAGUUUAAAAGCGUUCCUAAUGCGAAAUAAAUAAAAACUAGGACAAAAUUAUACGAGUUAAAUAUAAAGUGAAUACUCUGUAAUUGCCUACUAGUAAAAUGAAUAGUUUAAAUAUUAAGAUUUUAAAGCAAAUCGAUACAUUUUGGAAUAUAAAAUUUUUGCAAUGGACGAUUUACUAUAUGUUUGUGGUAAUAAGUUGCAUUGGAGCUGAGCAGCACCCAGCUGAAGAGGAUGGUCCACUACUGGCAGUGCAAACCGCAGUUAACCUGGAUGUUAGUCUGCCAUGUGAUCUAAGACCAGGCACUAUGGCUACGGACAAAGUACAACUUGUAAUAUGGUACAAACAAGGCAGUGUUAAACCAAUAUACACAUUUGAUGCACGCGGGCGACAAUUGCAACAGGCAAUCCCAUGGGCUGAUGAUGCUGUUCUCAAGAAUAAAGCUCAAUUUUUUUAUGACACUAAUCCGCCAGCUUUGAAAAUUAAAAAUGUCCAAAUCAAUGACGCCGGAUUAUAUAAAUGUAGAGUUGAUUUUCAUAAGUCACCCACAAGGAACUGGCGAGUAAAUGUUACUGUUAUAGUACCCCCAACUAAAUUGACGAUAUUAGAUUCAUAUGGAGCUGCUAUUAGAAAUAAUGUAGCUGGACCUUACCUAGAAGGAAACAGUAUAAACCUAACAUGCCUUUCUAGUGGAGGAAUACCACCUCCAAAGGUAUCAUGGUGGAAGGAGCAUGCUUUGGUAGAUGACUCAUAUCAAAUACUUCCCGAUGGGACUGUAAGAAACGUUUUACAUUUACUAAACAUUUCCAGAGCUGAUUUACUUGUGGUUUACACUUGUCAGGCAAGUAAUGGUCAUAUUGUGGCGGUACUAUCAGGAAAAGUUAAAAUCGAAAUGAAGUUGCCCCCUUUGAAUAUACUUCUUCAAGGGAUUAAUCACCCAAUAGUCGCAGGAGUGAGUACUCACGUAACAUGCACAUCAGUUGGAGCCAGACCACCACCCCAAAUUAUAUGGAAGAAGGGUGGUGUUGAUAUAAGAGGAGCAACACAAUCGACAUCAUCUGACGGUAACUCAACAAUAUCUGAGUUGGUGCUAGUUCCGGCUCCCGAAGACAAUGAAAAGGAAGUUGCGUGUUUAGUAGCUAAAACAUUACCAACCCAUCAUGACAUGGGCCUGCAGCCGUCUUAUGAAAACUCCUAUGGAGUUAUAGAAUUAUUUUUAAAGGACUCUCGAAUUUUAAAUGUCACACAUGCUCCUAUUGUGUCCCUAAAUCUAGGGGCUCCAUUAGAUGCAAACAAUUUAAUGAACGGCUCUGAUGUAUAUUUAGAGUGUAGUAUAGUAGCAAAUCCUGCAAUAACUCGAAUUGAAUGGUAUCACAACGAUAAAAAAUUGAAUUCUGCUCGUGGAAUUCUCAUUUCAAAUCAGACCCUUGUUUUGCAAAGUAUUUCAAAGUUUUCACAUGGAAAGUACUUUUGUCUUGCUACAAAUAUUCAAGGAAGUGUAUCUAGCAACGAAGUUUUUCUAGACGUUAAAUAUCCACCUAUUUGUGAAGCUGAAUCAACAGUCAUAAGAGCCGCUAUAAAACAAACCUUAAACAUAACAUGUCUUGUAGAUUCUAACCCAUUGUAUAACUUACAAUAUAAAUGGUUCUUCAAUAAUUCCUUGGAUAACAUAAUUGAAUUGCCAGAACCAUCAAGCCAAGCUCAAGAAUUUAAUAGCUUAGCACCAUCAUCUCUGCCUCUUAAAGGUCUCGCACCUUCCGGCCACCAUAACAACCAUUAUAAAUUUUACCAGGAAUAUCAAAAACAUCCACACCAUCACAAAAGGUUGCUUCAAAAAAUCAUUAUUCAGAAACAACAUCAUCAGCCUUCGAACAAUCUAAAUGAUUUCCAUGGCAGAAUUCAUUUUUCUUCGGUACUAGCAUCAUCGUUACAUGCACCACUCUAUACAUCGAAUUCAUUAGAAAACCCUAAGAGGCAUUUAUCACAUGUAACUAAUAGGUCCAAACUAGACAAUAAUCAUCAUCAUGUUGAGCAUAGUGAUUAUAGAUUGAUCGAGAAUAUGGAAGAAAAGGAUAAUAACCAAGAAAGAACCUAUGAUUUCCCCCUCGCACAAAUGCUUUAUUCAAACAUGGUCUAUACAAAUCAAUUAGAUAAAACACAUCGAAUACAUAGGGAACAUUCAAAACCGGAUAUACAGGAAAAUGAGAAUAGGAAACAUAUUACAACACAUUACGGCCAUAAAGGUGGUUCAAAAACUCCAGAACCACCGACAUUAUACAAUGUGUAUCCUUAUCAUAUUGAAUCAUAUGAAAGUUUUGGUGCAAUAUCUUGUAUGGCUAGUAACCAAAUGGGUCAGAGUAAACCCUGUUGGUAUCAUAUCCAACCAGCAGAUCUUCCAGACCCCGUCAAAAGUUGCAUAGCUCAUAAUGCGACGUCUAGUUCGAUUCAAAUACAGUGUAUUCCUGGUUUUGAUGGUGGCAUUCCGCAACAUUUCCAUAUACAAGUUUACGAUGAACUUAAUAGACAAAUUCUAUACAAUGUAACGUUCAAACAUUCCAAUUUCAAAAUCAAGAGUCUACCGAGUGACUCGGUUUUUGUGUUACGAAUAACUUCUAUCAAUUCGCAAGGCUCAAGCAAGCUUGUGUAUCGUUUGAGAGCACGAACAUUAUCCGUUCCACUAUUAAGAACAGCUUCAUCGACCGCUGUUCUGGUUCAAUUAACACCGCUCCUAGGCGCAAUGGUUGGACUAAUUGUGACCCUAAUAUUAGUUGUCAUAUGCAUAGUUAUAUUUAUAAAAUUUCGUAAAAAGCAUAUCUAUCGAUCACAUGGAAACAUCUUAGAAACAAUUGACAAAGGAGGCAGUGUUGAACUGCUUGGUCGUAAUCUUGGAAGUCGAUCUAGUUUGGAAGAUAAAAAUCCUGACGUUGUUCCUUUGGAAAAUAGUGACGAUGAAUUUCAUGCUGAAGAAGAAGCAUUUAAUCGAUUAAAUAUGGAUUCGCACAGAGCCCUGUGUCCACAGAGAGUAAGAAAUGAUUCUCCGUCGUCAUCGCCACAUCCUCUGCAUGUAUCCCAACCGGCUAAGACUGGAGAAAUAUCUCUUACUACAAAUCCAGCCUACAAUAUUUGCAACACUCCACAGCGAAUGCGACAGCCUACAUACGCAUGUCCUCCACAUCUCCUCCCCAACAACAGUUCAUCGAACAUUUAUACACGUGUUCCCGGACGAACCAAUGUACCUUCCUACGAAAAUUCAACCGCGUCCACAUCACCAUAUGGAUCAUUAAACAUAUGUAUGAUGCCUUUACUAGGACAACACCAGCCUUCACAACCACUUCAAGUCCAACCCCACCAAUUACUACAGCAAAAAGCACAACUACAUUCUGCGACCAGUGACCAGUCUAGAUUUUACAAUUACAAUAUGUCUCCCUGAGAGUUACUCCCUGAUAACACCAAGUGCCAAAUAGUGAGCAUUGGUAGUAGUAACACUGUAUGCACGAGCUCCGCCGAAAGAACGACAAUUGUUUAGCCACUUUGUCGGUAACACGAAAUAAAAAUAAAAACAAAACUACAAAUAAUCUUAAAUUUGUAUGUAAAAUAAUUUAAAUCAUGGUAGCUUUAAUCCAUUUGAAAACUUAAGAAAAAUGUCUCUUCAGAAUUUAAAUCUCUCUCUUUUUAUAUUUUACUUUUAGCAUAAUAUUAACAAAUAAUCAACUUUGUAUUAAAUUAGUGAUAGAAAAAAAAACACCUUUCUUAUUUAAAAGAAAAUUAAAUUACACAGUUAAGAAAGGAAAGACACCUAUGUAAAUGUUUUUAUGAUUAAAAAUAGAUAGACAAAACAAAACGCAACAAUACUGCUUUAACAAAAAUGCAUAUUACACUUAAGAUGUAUUAAAAUAUUUCAUUGCGCUGGCGCUCACAGAUUAAAACUUAUAAAAAUUCUAUUGAAAAAAGAGAGUUUAGAAAUGGAAGACUAUAGUAGAAAAGAAAAACGUUGCAUUUUAAUUGAUAGAAUUAAUGUACAAUUGUCUUAAAGUUUUGACACAAAUUUUUUUAUAUUCAACUAUUUAAGACAUGCUGCAUCAUUUUAUUUUUUAGUAUUAGACACAAUCAACUGUAUUCAGCUUUUUGUUUUCUUAACAUAUCAUUAUUUUCUUAAAUAAAAAAAAAAAACAAAAUAAGUUCUUUUUUCCAUCACUUUUUAUUGAUACAAAUUUAAGAAGUGUAAAUGUAAAUAUUUAAAUAAAUAAAUCAGAAUACUGUUGAUUUUUUCGUA